AUGCCUAUGGCUUCUUCUUCUUUCAAUAGUUACUAUCAGAAUCCAAGCACACCUUCGGCAUCGGGUCCAACAAACCAAAAUGCGAUCAAUUCUGUCUUCGAUCAAUUUAGACAGCCUAGUGAUCCUCUCGAUGAGUUCUCGAUAGAUGCGACGAUGGCCUAUUUUGACGCACUGGGACUGCAACUCGAUGAUGUUACCCUCGUUCCACUCAGUAAAGUACUGGGUUCCGAAUCUAUGGGAGAGAUCAGCCGGAAGGGGUUUACAGAUGGGUGGAUGCAGCUAGGCGCCGAUUCCUUGCCUAAGAUGCAGGAGAAGCUUCAAGAACUCAGACAAUCUUUAGAUACUAAUGAAGAAUACUUCAAGGAAGUCUACAAGUGGGCAUUUGGCUGGGCGAAGCCAGCGGGGUCGAAGGCCUUGCCGCUCGAUAGUGCGACAGAGUGGUGGAGACUUCUUUUGCAGAGCAGGUUUGGAGACAACGGGCACUUGGAAAGAUGGUUGGAAUUCUUGAAUGAAAAGUGGAAGAAGAGUAUUCCAAAGGAUACUUGGAAUAUGUUCUACGAGUUCAUUUUAUCUGCGAAAGCCGAUCCAACUUUGACGGGAUACGAUGAAAAUGGAUCAUAUCCUUCCAUCAUCGAUGCUUACGUUGACUAUUAUCGGAACCUGGAGCAAUGA